CCGAACGCAAGGAAGCGGUCGCGAGCGUGAUGUUCUUACCCGUCGUUUUGAUAACGUUAUCUACGCUUUUGCACAGUGCCACCGCCGGAUGUCGCGUGUACUUGAACGGGAAUCUCACUCAACAGCAUGCGCCACUGCUGUUGAAGCAAACCGGAUCCGGUAAUCAGUACCAGCUUCUGCAGCCUUCCGGUCCGUUCUUCGAGUGGCGCCGAUCGGAGACGGUGGUGGUUGGAUGCUCACCGACCAAAAACACACUCUCCAACACUGGAGCUGAUCGGGAAGUCAUCUCAUGCAUCGACAACCUGGAAUUCAGUAUUGAAGGAUCUUCAAAGCGCACCGCUUUUAGUGAUAUCAGCUGCAGUUCGGCUGUUUCCGGAGCGAUUGAACCCUUGAACAAGUCGUGCGCAAACGGAUCGGGACAGCUCUACGACAUUGGGUUCACCAUUAACGGUGUGCCAUUCAUCAAGUAUUUUCAGGUGUGCUACAACUCUGCAAAAUCGUCCACUAUUUACAGUGAACAUCAAAUUCUUGGCAAAGCGAUCAGUCAUCCACAAAUCAACAACAAUCGACCGGCGUUCAAGUUGGGCGGAAUAACAACAACCGUACGCUUAGCAUCUGUGUACACACAACGUCAGCAGCAGGAACGAUUCACUGCGCUACUUGGAUCAGCUGAGCAAGCGAACAAAUACAUUAACUCGACGUCAUUUUUAGCCAAAGGGCAUCUUACACCCGAUGCCGACGCAGUUCUUGAUAGCUGGGCGGGCGCUACCUACUUCUUUAUAAAUGCUGCCCCGGAAUGGCAGGCCGUUAAUGGUGGCAACUGGUUGCGUGUGGAGAAUGCAGCUCGCAAAGUGGCUGCACAGCUGAACGACACCGUGCAGGUGUACAGCGGUGUGUACGACAUUCUUCGGCUGCCCGACAGGAACGGUCGUCCGGUAGCGCUGAGCUUGGGCGAUGAUGGUUCGGUUGAAGUGCCCAAGUGGCUGUGGAAGGUGAUAGUUCAUCCACCGACCGGCCAGGGCAUUGUGCUGAUCUCGCUGAACAAUCCGUUCGCCACCAGGGCCGAAAGUUUGUGCGAUGACAUUUGCUCACAGUACGGAUGGUAUCAGAAAGAGUUUAAGGAUUUACGGAAGGGUUAUACGCAUUGUUGCAGUGUGGCUGAGGCACAGAAAGCAAUCAAGCUCAUAUCCACAACCAUCAAAGCUAACAAGGUGCUUGUGCUAACGUAAAAGUAAUUUUUAAUUGUAAGUUGAUUAACUUUAACAAU